AUGGCUCUUUCUCAGGGACAAUUGACAUUUAAGGAUUUGGCCAUAGAAUUCACUCAGGAGGAGUGGGAAUGCCUGGACCCUGCUCAGAGGGCCUUGUACAGGGACGUGAUGUUGGAGACCUACAGGAACCUGCUCUCCCUUGAUAUCUCUCACAUACAUGUGAUUAAGAAAUUACAACUAAAAGCAAACACUGAUAGAGGAGAAGUAUUCCAAACAUUGAUGUUCCGAAGACAUAACUGGAAUGAAAUGAAACAUUUUUACCUCAGAGUCAUCCGGGAAAAUAUACGAGAAUUUGAUUCUCAGCAGAGUGAUGAGGAAAGAAAUUGCAAAGGAAUGCCAAUAAACCAAAAUGAUAAUCUCACUGAUAAGAGAAAUCGAAAUGGAAGAAGUGUUGCAGGAAUCAAGCCUAUUGAAAAUAGGUUUCCAUUAAGCUUUCUGGAUGAACUGCAUAUAUUUAAAAGUGAAGAGAAAAUGGAUGAAUUUAAUCAAGCUGACAAGAGUGUGAAGGGUAGUGCCUCAUUUUCACCACUUCAGGGAAUUUCCCCUGGUGUCCAAGUGAACAUUUCUAAUAUACAUGGGAGUAAUUAUAUGCAGUCUUUAAUAGUGACACAAGAUCAGAAAGCACAGAGGGAAAGAACUUACAAAUGUAAUGAGUGUGGCAAAAUCUUUCUGCAGGUAUCAUAUCUCAAUAGACCUCAGAUCCUCCAUACAGGAGAGAAAUUACAUAAGUGUGACGUAUGUGGAAGAAUCUUUAGCAAGAAUUCAUACCUUGUAAUUCAUCAGAGAAUUCAUACUGGAGAGAACCCUUACAAAUGCAAUGUGUGUGGGAAGGUCUUUAGUAGAAAGAAAGACCUUAGAGUUCAUAACAGAAUUCAUACUGGAGAGAAACCUUACAUAUGUAACGAGUGUGGGAAAGCCUUUUAUUAUGCCUCACUCCUCAAAAAACAUCAGAUAAUCCAUACAGGAACAAAACCAUAUAAAUGUGAUGUAUGUGGGAAAGUCUUUGGUCAAAAUUUAUAUCUUUCAGUUCAUCAGACAGUUCAUACUGGAGAGAGACCUUACAAAUGUAAUGAGUGUGAGAAAACCUUUUGUUAUGGCUUAUUCCUCACAGGACAUCAGAGAACCCACACAGGGUGCAAGGCCAUAUCAAUGUGA